AUGGGGGUAGCCAAAACCAUCCGCCGUCUUAGCAAUGGUGGUGGGGUAGGAGAGCUGCAAGAAGAGCCAGUAGAAUCCCCCACCAGCUGCCCAAAUGGGAAACCUGUUACUGCCCAGCAGCGCAGCCGUUUUGUGAAGAAAGAUGGCCACUGCAAUGUGCAGUUUAUCAAUAUGAGCGAGAAGAGCCAGCGGUACCUCACGGACAUCUUCACCACUUGUGUGGACAUCCGCUGGAGAUGGAUGCUCGUCCUUUUCUGUCUCUCUUUUGUGCUUUCCUGGCUUCUCUUUGGCAUCACCUUCUGGAUCAUAGCGACGCUACACGGGGACCUUGCCCCCGAGCACCCGCAAGCCUCAAAACCCUGCUUCUCCGAGGUCACUAGUUUCAUGGCCGCCUUCCUCUUCUCUCUGGAGACCCAGACGUCCAUCGGGUAUGGCUUUCGCAGCGUGACGGAGGAGUGUCCAUCCGCAGUGAUAGCUGUAGUUCUGCAAUGCAUCGCAGGAUGUAUCAUUGAUGCCUUCAUCAUUGGUGCCAUUAUGGCCAAGAUCGCCAAGCCCAAGAAACGCAACGGAACCUUGGUCUUCAGUGAGACUGCUGUGGUGGCAAUGCGCGAUGGCAAACUCUGCCUUAUGUGGCGUGUGGCCAACCUACGCAAGAGCCAUCUGGUGGAAGCCCACGUCAGGGCACAGCUGCUGCGGCCUCGAGUGACCCCUGAGGGAGAGUACAUCCCUCUGGACCACAUUGACGUCAACGUGGGUUUCGACAGUGGCACAGACCGCAUCUUCCUGGUGUCACCAGUGACAAUCGUGCACGAGAUCGAUGCUGAAAGUCCUUUCUACGAGUACGGCCCUUCUGAGCUGGCUGAAGCUGACUUUGAACUGGUAGUCAUUUUGGAAGGCAUGGUAGAGGCAACAGCGAUGACCACACAAUGCCGUAGCUCUUACCUGCCCAACGAGGUACGCUGGGGACACCGCUUUGAGCCUGUGCUCUUUGAACGGCGCGGUCACUAUGAGAUUGACUACCAGCACUUCCACCGCACGUACGAGGUGCCUGGAACUCCAACGUGCAGUGCUAACGAGUUGAGCCACCGCAAAUACAGGGCUCCUCCCGCGGGGGCAACUGCUGCUCGUGCCUCCUUUUGCUAUGAGAACGAAGUGGCCCUCAGCUGCUGCCGUGAAGAAGAGGAGGAGGAAGAGAAGCAAGGUAGCUCACACCUGAGCCUGGAGAAUGAAGCAGACACAACCACGUGA